GUGAAUAUUGCUUAAAUACUACUAUAAAGUGCAUUUUACGUGAAUUAAAUAUUAACAAUAAUUUGAACGAAUAAUAAAAGGAAUAAAUUAUGCCUUUGGAGAAAUCAUCAUCAAAUAUAAAAUUAGAAGAUGAAACUGAAGGUGUAUCACUGUAUACUUAUACGUUUUCUGCGGAAAACGGAGUGGGAGGAAAUGGAUCAUCACAGUUAUUGUUACAAAAUAAUUUAACUGAUGAUACGAAUAUGUUCUUACAAGGCUUAGAAGAUGGAACUACCGGUUGGACUUUGGAUGGAUUACCUGUUCUAUUUCCAACUGAUGGGCAACCAAUGUUACAUCAACUUACCGUGGAAGAUUCAGAAAUGUCUGAAUCUGAAAUUCAAGAAUCCACUCCUAUAAUCGACACAUCAAAAGAAAUUACAAUGUUACAACAAUCAGAAAGUGAAAAUCAGAUAAAUCAAAAUGAAAAUAUUAUUAUUGUUAAAGAUGAAGAAGGGCAAGAAGAAGAAGAACCAUUGACUGAAAUUUUGACUGAAAAUGCAAACUUAAUAUCAUCAGUAUUGACUGAAAAUGGAGAUACAGAGAGUACAAUUGAAAUUCCUGGCAAAGGAUAUUUUACAGUCAGUGGACUUCUAUUUCCAAUUCAAGAAAGAAAAAAUAUUGAUGAUUCAAAUGAAAUAUUUCACAUUGAUAAUGACAGUGAUGAAACAUCUCUUGAAGAUUCAAAUCAGAAUUCAAUAGAAAUUUCUGAAUUAGCUGACGUCAUAACAGCGUAUAAAUGUAAAUCUUGUGAUUAUACGGGUACAGAUAAAGAACUAUUUCUAGAACAUUACAGAGAAUUUCAUUUAAAUAAUAUACAGUUAGUAACAUUGCAGGAUGAAAAUACAUCUCAACAAUUUGAUAAUAUUAUUGUAAAAUCUGAGACAGAAGCUCAACCAAAGUAUUUUUUAGAAACGGAUGAAGGUACUUAUGAAUUAAAUACACAAGAUGUUCAGACUAUUGGGAUUAAUGGUAAUAAUUUAGAAAAUUUGAACACGAAUGGCAAUAAAAUGGUAGAAACAAUUAAAGAAAAAUAUAUUUUAUUAUGUAGCCAAUGUAAAAAAGGAUUUGAUUCAAUUGACGCUUGUAAACAGCAUAUGAUUGAUGAUCACAAAUUAAGAGAAUUGUCUGUGAAAUCUGAACCUAGACCCAAAAUUAUUUCAAUCGCUAAUAAUACAAUUGCAAAUAAUUCUCAAAUUGAAGUAUCUAAUCUUGAAGUUCAUGUUGAUGAUCGAUCUGAAACCAAUACAAAUGGGAAACAAAUCAUUGUAGAUGAUCCGCGUGCUUUAUUCGAGAAAACAAUAUUGAAAAUUCGUAAAACAAAUGCAUCAUUGCCAUUAAAAUGCCGUGUUCGAGGUUGUUCGUAUAAGUUCGCAACUGAAGUAAUACGCUCGCAACAUGAAAAAUGUCAUGUGAAAAAUGAAACCGUUAAAACCAAUGGAAAUGGAAGUACUAGUGGAGGUAAUGUUGCGUAUAAAUGUAGUGAAUGUGGAAUUGCACAAAAAAGUUGGCGAACCACAGCGUUGCAUUUGUGGCGAGCACAUAGCAUACAAACAGAUUUAAUUACUUGUCCAGUAUGUAAUGUUUUUAAAGCAACAUUGCCACAAUUAGAACAUCAUAUGAUGACACAUGGCGAUAAAAAAGCUUAUUGCUGUUCAGAAUGUGGAAAAUUUUAUAAACAAGCAUCACAAUUACGUAAUCAUCGACUUAUUCAUUUGGAUAAAGUAUCAGAUAAGCGACCAUUAUGGUAUCGCGAAAAAGAAUGUGAACAAUGUCAUAAAAUAUUUUCAAAUUCAAAAAGUUUAAAAAAACAUUUACAAUCUGUUCAUAGCAAAUUGAAACCAUUUAUUUGUAAUGUAUGUGGACAUAGUUGCGCCAGAAAAGCAAUGUUACAAAUGCAUUUACGUCAACAUACUGGAGAAAAACCUUAUUCUUGUGAUAUUUGUAAUUAUCGUACAGGCGAUCAUAAUUCAUUAAGACGACAUAAUAUGAAACAUACUGGUAUUCGACCAUACAAAUGUCCUCAUUGUCCAUAUACAUCGAUUCAAUCGAAUGCAUAUAAAUAUCAUAUUUCAAUCAAACAUCCUGGAAAACCUGGUGUAUUUGCAUGUAAUAUAUGUUCAUUUAAAUCAGUGAGUGAGGAAAAUUACAUCAAUCAUUUGAAUGAUCACAAGCAAGGUGUCAUACCACCAACGAAAGCUGCUGAAAGUGUUUCAACAACAACAAAUUCUAAUGACGGGAAUAAUAAAAAUGAUGCAAGUAAAACUGUCUACUUUUACCAAGACGUUAAAAAGGAGACGAGCAACAUCAUACCACAACUACAGGUUUCAACAAAUAAUGAGCAACGUAAAUUAUCUGUAUAUAGUGAUAACGAAGAACCCUGUUAUUUACAAUACGAUCCAUUAAAUGAUGAACAGUGUAUUGAUACUGGAGGUAUAACAAUACCCGCCGAACCGGAAUGCUCGUCGUUAUUACAGAUGGCGUUAUUAUCACAAUAAUAAUAAUAUUGUUAAUACGAAAUGUUUGUUUUUUUCUAACAUAAGAAAUUUUUGUUUUCUGAAAGUGAUAUUGUGUGUGAUAUUAUG